AUGGAUGACCUCGAUGUCGCCUCAGACGACCGCGAGCUGGAACUCAUCACCGGCGUGCACGAACGAGCGUCGUCCCCACUGAGCAGGCCCCAUUCCUUCCCGGCCUCCAACUCGUCACCUGCCUCUGAGACCUCGGAGAUGCAUCGACGGAAGCCUGUGCGGCCCGCAGUGGAGAUUUUGCCCGACGAGUGGGACGGCAUUGAGCAGCACGAAUCCUCUUUAGAAUCUGCGCGCUCAACGGGCAUUGCCGGCGCCGGAGCCGAGAAUGUUCCAUGCAAGAAUGGGUACGCGGACUGGGGUGACGUCGCAGACGAUCAGCUAUCGCUAGAAGAGCUUCAGGUCGAGGCGGACGAGGUCACCGCGGCUAUUGAGGAUGCGUUCCCGUCGGGAAAGCCUCCCUUGGGGAGAGCGACGCCACUGAAAUCCGUCUGUGCAGACAAGCCGCGCCUACAAAAGAGAAUGCGAGACAUCACUGCGGAAUUGGCAAACGUGCAGAUGGCCACCGCGGGAUGGGCGGCCGAUGCCGAAGGCAGUAUCGGGUCUGGCGACGAAAAAAAGGACGACCGCCUGCUGCGAGACGAGGUGGGACGGCUCCGAAUAACUCUCAAUCACCUCACGCGACUCACGCUAGAGCGCGCUUUUGAAGUAAGAGACGCGAUUGAUGCACAUCGAUAG